AUGUUCAAAGUCGUCACUUCCGAUAACGAGAGGGGAUCGGAUGAAACAUCCGAAGAAAGCAACUCUGACGCGAAACAACUCCAGACCGUGUUUCGCGUACACCCACGAGAGAAAAAAGAUACAACAUUUCAUGCCCGACGAUCUCAUAAAAAGUCUAGAGGGGGGUGUUUGACGUGUAAAAGAAGAAGAGUGAAGUGCGAUGAACAAAAGCCACAUUGUCAAAAAUGCAAAUACAAGGGGAUAGAGUGUUCCUAUACUCCCGAAAAUGAGGUUGUUCGUCAGAAGAGGACCAAGCUUACAUUUGGACACGAGGACCCAUCAACCAUAAUAUUCACACUUUCACUUAACGACCUCACGAAUAAAAUUGAGACAGUGUUGGGUUUUGAUUCGCGCCAGAUGCCGAACGCCUUUAUAAAUCAGAACUCGGGCCAUGCUUUACCUACCGUGGCCUUUCAGUAUUUUAUGAACAGCACCGUUGAUACCGUUGCCAGUCCUGUAAUACGCAAGGUAAUGGGAACCGAUAUGAUACGGGUAUCAUUUGCUAACCCACAUUUGAUGUAUACCGUUCUCGCGGUUGGCAUCCUCCAUCUCAACCGUGUCUCACCCAACAAAGAGAGAUCAUUUGCCGAGGCUUAUUUCUGGCAACAUGCGAUCCAACAGUACCAAAAGGCACUUUCUUCACCGGUACGACGAGAUAACGUCGACGCUCUCCUAUCUUCUUGCAUGAUGAUGGGAGUCAUGACGAUUUGCCCCGAGAAUUUCAAACCCACAGACUCGUGGGUUCUCACGAACAGGCCGGAGGCGAUGAACUGGCUUUGUCUACAAAGCGGCCUUCGAACAAUCAUAUCCAUAGCUGCGCCUUACAUCCCCGACAGUAUCUGGGCGCUUUCCUUCGACGCGAUCGUGAAAGAAGAACGUACGAUCUUCGACAAAAAACCACAAGCCGGACGCGAGGGGCUUGAUCCAGAUCUUGCCGAUCUGUGUCAAAUUGAUGAAUAUACCACGGAAAAUAAUAGCAUAUAUUACGACCCUCUUAGAAUCCUCUCCGCCCUUUUGAAACUUGAGAACAACAGGCCCAACUCUGCUCACAUUUCUUCCUUUAUGGGUCGGCUCGAGUGUGACUUUCUAGCGCUCUGCAGGAAGAGAGAUGUUCCGGCGCUGGUAAUGUUGGUGCAGUGGAUGGGACGCAUGUGUGCUGCGGCGGAAUGGCAGCCGUGGAUAGAAGGGAGGAUAAGGCCGGAAUGUAUCGCUAUUUGCAUGUUCCUGGAACACAGUACCGACCCUUUGGUCUUGCGCUUGCUGAAGUUUCCAGCGGAAGCGAGUGGAUAUGAAUUGACGGUGCCGUUAAACGGUUAG